AGUUGUCACUCCUCUCUAUUCCUUUGUCUUUCAUUUGUUCUCUCUUCUCUUCUGUGGAGGAAACUGAACUAAAAACAACCCAAAACUUCAAUUGCAAUGGCUCUCAAGCUCAAUUCUUUCAUUUCUCAAUCUCACAAGUUGCCUUAUCUCGCCUUCCCAUCAAUAGCCAGCCUCAGAUCUCCUAAGUUCUACGUGGCCUCUACGCUCAAGUCUGGCUCCAAGGAGGUUCAGAAUCUCAAGAAGCCUUUUAUGCCUCAUCGGCAGGUUCAUGUUCAGGUUACCCAUUCUGUGCCCGCCCACAAGAUCGAGAUUUUUAAAUCUCUAGAAGAUUGGGUGGGGCAGAACAUCCUGGUUCAUUUGAAACCAGUUGAGAAGUGUUGGCAACCACAGGAUUUUUUGCCAGAUCCUGCCUCUGAUGGAUUUGAAGAACAAGUCAAGGAACUUAGGGAGAGAGCAAAGGAGAUUCCAGAUGAUUGCUUAGUUGUUUUGGUUGGAGACAUGAUCACUGAAGAAGCUCUUCCCACUUAUCAAACCAUGCUGAACACCAUGGAUGGAGUUGGGGAUGAAACAGGUGCAAGCCUUACUCCCUGGGCAAUUUGGACAAGGGAAUGGACUGCGGAAGAGAAUAGACAUGGUGACCUCCUCAAUAAGUAUCUCUACUUAUCUGGACGAGUGGACUUGAGGCAAAUUGAGAAGACAAUUCAAUAUUUGAUUGGGUCCGGAAUGGCUCCACAAGCGGGAAACAGUCCAUACCAUGGUCUCAUCUACACGUCGUUCCAAGAAAGGGCAACCUUCAUUUCCCAUGGCAACACUGCCAGGCUUGCCAAAGAACAUGGGGACAUAAAAUUGGCUCAAAUAUGUGGUACGAUUGCAUCAGAUGAGAAGCGCCAUGAGACAGCAUACACAAAGACAGUGGAAAAACUCUUUGAGAUUGAUCCUGAUGAAACUGUUAUGGCUUUUGCUGACAUGAUGAGAAAGAAAAUUUCUAUGCCUGCACACUUGAUGUACGAUGGCCAUGAUGAUAAUCUUUUUGACCACUUUUCAGCUGUUGCACAGCGGCUUGGGGUCUACACUGCAAAAGACUAUGCCGAUAUAUUGGAGUUCUUGGUGGGAAUAUGGAAGGUGGAUAAGCUAACUGGGCUGUCAGCUGAGGGGCAGAAGGCUCAAGAUUAUGUUUGUCGGUUACCUCCAAGAAUUAGAAGGCUUGAGGAGAGAGCUCAAGUAAGGGCAAAGGAAGCAGCGACAAUUCCUUUCAGUUGGAUUUUCGAUAGAAAAGUGAAGUUGUGAGUGCAGAAUGGAUUAGAAAUGGUUGGUUUCCCUCUUUUGCUUGGUCUUCCUUACAAAGUCAGGAGUGGAGGUAGACUUUUGCAGUUGCGUUCUGUUUACAAAUUGAUACGUGUCCACAAGUCCACGGAUACGUAUAAGUAAUAAAAAGAAGUGAGAAAAGUAUCGUUCUCACGAGAAUUGUCUUUUAAUUAUCAAAA